GCCUCGCGUAACAGGUUCGGGUACCGCCGGUCGGGGCUGCGGCGCUCCCGCCCCGGCCCCGCAGCAGCGCGGGCUCGUUCCGCUCUCGCAGCUGCCGGGCUCGGCCGGGCGCCGACGGCCCGUUCGUGAUUCCUCCCGCUCGCUUAGACCCGUCGUUGGGCACCUGCUGCCGCCGAUAGGCAGCACCCCAGAUGGGCAGCACCCCCGGGGGGCAUCUCCGCUCCCCCUUGUGCCGCCGCCGCCACAAGCGCCGCUUUCGCCGCCCCCUGCGCCGAGCUCCCCGCGCAGGUCCGCCCGCCGGGAGCGGCCGGCGCUCAGUGCCGGGGCGGGCGGUGCGGCGCGGUGCCGUUCCCAGCUGGCAGGCGGGCGGGAGCGCCCCGGUGCCGCUCCCGGUGGCGGUGCGGGCGCGGGGGGCGGCACACAAAGGCCGCGCGUGCCGGGCGGGCGGCGCGGGGCGGGCGGGGGCGGGGCCGGGCGUGUGCCGGGCCGGGCUCAGGUGCGGCCGCGCCGCCGCCGCCGCCGCUGAUUGGCCGGUGCCGCCGCCGCCGGCCCGAACAAUGGCCCCGACCCGCUUAAAGGCGGCGGCGGCCGCGCCGCGGGCAGAGCGAGGAGUUCGCCGCGGCCGCCGCCGGCCCGGAGCCGGCGCCAAGAUGCCCCGGGGCUUCCUGGUGAAGCGCAGCCGGCGGCCCACCCCCGUGUCCUACCGGGUGCGCUGCUGCCGCGAGGCCGCCGCCGGCCCGCCGCUCCCCGCCGGCGCCGCCCCGCCGCCCGCCUGCCCCGCCGCGCCGCCGCCCCCGCCGCGGGACUCGCCGCCGCCCGUGCCCUUCGGGACGCCCGAUGCCGCCGUGCAGGCGCUGUACAGCCCCACGCGGCCCGUCAGCAGGGACAAGUACCUGGAGCGCGGCUUCAGCCUGGGCUCACCCGUCUCGGCCGAGUCCUUCCCCGCCCCGGCCGUGCCCGGCACCAUGGACCCGCUCCUCUUCGCCCCGGCCGAGCUCAAGCUCUGGGCCGCCGCCGGCCACGUCGAGCCGCCCGCCGCCCACCCCGGCCCCGGCGGAGCCCCCGCGCCGCCCGCCCCGGCCGCGCCGCCCGCCUCGGGCCGCCCGCCGCCCAACAAGCGCCCGCCGGGCGCGGCCGAGCCCGGGCGGCACAAGGGCCCGUCGGGCAAGAAGACGAAGGCGAUCCGCAAGCUGACCUUCGAGGAUGAGGUGACCACCUCGCCCGUGCUGGGGCUGCGCAUCAAGGAGGGCCCGGUGGAGGCGCCGGCCAAGGCGCGGGGCGGCUGCGCCCGCCCGCUGGGCGAGUUCAUCUGCCAGCUCUGCAAGGAGGAGUACGGGGACCCCUUCGCGCUGGCGCAGCACCGCUGCUCCCGCAUCGUCCGGGUGGAGUACCGCUGCCCCGAGUGCGACAAGGUCUUCUCCUGCCCCGCCAACCUCGCCUCCCACCGCCGCUGGCACAAGCCGCGCCCGCCCGCCGCCAAGGGUGGCCCCGAGGCGGGCCGGGCACCGGCCGCGGCCCCGGGCUCGGCGGAGGAGCCGCCGAAGGAGGCGAGCGGCGGCAGCGGCAGCGAGCGGGACACGCCGAGCCCUGGCGGAGCCUCGGAGGCGGGCUCCGAGGAGGGGCUCUUCGAGUGCCCCCGCUGCUCCAAGCGGUUCCGCCGGCAAGCCUACCUGCGCAAGCACCUGCUGGGGCACACCGCCCCGGCCCCCGCAUCCGCACCGGCACCCGCACCGGCACCCGCGCCCGCCCCGGAGCCCGCUGCCGAGGAGCCGCCCGCCGCCGAGUGCCGCCUCUGCCCCGUCUGCGGGGAGACCUUCCCCAGCAAGAGCAGCCAGGAGCGGCACCUGCGCCUCCUCCACGCCGCCCAGGUCUUCCCCUGCAAGUACUGCCCGGCCACCUUCUACAGCUCGCCCGGCCUCACCCGGCACAUCAACAAGUGCCACCCCUCGGAGAACCGGCAGGUCAUCCUGCUCCAGGUGCCGCUGCGUCCCGCCUGCUGAGCCGCCCGUGCCUUCCCCGCCGGCCCCACGCCGCUCCCCCGGGGCCGCCACACGAUUAGCUUUAAUACGGCUUGCGACCUGCUGGAAUCUGGCUUUACACUUACCUUCCCGGGGUCUCUCUCUUCUUUUUUUUCUUUUUUUUUUUUUUCUUUUUCUUUUUUUUUUUUAAUUAUUUUUUUAAAUUUUGUUCCUUCACUCCGAUUUUUAUCGAUGUGAACAGAUCAAACUGCUCGAGAGAAUCGAGCCUUUCCUUUAGUGUAGCCACAAAUGCCUUGACUCUGCUGUUGAUGGUCUCCAGAAAAUGCUGUAGAAACUGCCUUAACUGUGACAUGCCAACUUUCUGUUUCUGUUUGUUUUGCCCUUACUAAGGUAGCUCAUGAGUUGACUAUCUGUAUAUGUUGGUUUGAGUAAUUAUGUUAUUUAUUCGUUAUUUAUUUAUAUUAAUUAUGAAGAUUGAUAUUAUUUGAUUGCAGAUAUUCUAAUGUGCUUUUUUUGUCUCCCCGCCUGCCAUUUCACUGUGCGUUUUAGAAGAUCUUUUUUUCUAAAGGGAUCUGCUAAAAAGGUUUUAACUUUUAUACCUAGAAUAACACAUGAUCUUAACCAUUUUAUCCCGUGCAACCAACAGCUCUUACUUUUAGAUGCAAUCUCUUUUUCUACACACAUUAUUUUCUUAACUGUUAGCUAUUUAUAGAGUGCUUCGAUAGAACUGUUUCAACUGUAUAAUUAUUUACUAUUCAAAUAAAAUAUUUUCAAAUUCAA